GUUAUAACUUACACGUCCCACGGUCCCAGUGUCCCCCACUGUACGAGUUUGUUACUUCCCGACUCCUCAGAGUCAGAGAGGAAGAAGAAAAAAACAAAGACAAAGAGAACAUUUGAACAUUACAAGGAAUAAUUAGGAGAAUGGCAACGAGAGAAAGGGAGAGAGAUCGAGAACUUCUGAUUCCCGUGGCAGCAGGAAACGGUGCAGAAGAUGGUGGUGGCUCCAACUUAUCGUCGCCUUCGCCCUCCCCUGCCACCUCUUCCUCCCACCACCACCACCUCCAUACCAGAGAGGCAUUUUCUAAAGUCAUUCGUAGCUGGGCUUCCAAAAAGUUUAUGUCUGGAUGUGUCAUACUUCUUCCUCUAGCCAUCACAUUCUACAUCACUUGGUGGUUCAUUCAUUUUGUGGACGGAUUUUUCUCCCCAAUCUAUGUCCAUCUGGGGAUUGAUGUAUUUGGUCUUGGUUUUGUCACCUCCAUCACUUUCAUCUUCUUAGUGGGUGUGUUCAUGUCCUCAUGGCUGGGAGCUUCUGUUCUUGGUUUGGGGGAAUGGUUCAUUAAGAAAAUGCCACUUAUAAGCUACAUAUAUUCUGCCUCAAAACAAAUAAGCGCAGCUAUAUCACCAGAUCAGAACUCUCACGCAUUCAAGGAAGUGGCUAUCAUAAGGCAUCCACGUAUUGGGGAAUAUGCAUUUGCAUUCAUCACAUCGACAGUGAUUCUACAGAGGAGUUCAGGCGAAGAGGAACUUUGCUGCGUUUUUGUACCCUCCAACCAUCUCUAUAUUGGAGAUAUUUUCCUCAUCAGUUCAAAGGAUAUUAUGAGGCCAAAUUUAUCUGUUCGAGAAGGAAUAGAAAUUGUUAUUUCUGGAGGCAUGUCAAUACCUCAAAUAUUGACUACAGUGGAUGCACAAGCCAUUCGGGCAGCAAGAAUUGGCAGAAACCCAAAAUUUGCAGUUCCACAAGUCUAAUGGAUGUAAAGAAGUUGUUUAGUUUAUUUGUUUCUAUUCAUUGAGAAAGCACAGGGGUAUUGAUCAAUGAGAUAGCAGGUGCUACUAUUACUCUAAUGAAGCAAUUUCCAACAGUAUGUACUGUAUUAACAAGAGUUGCAGUUUUACUGUUAGAGGAAAACUCAACACCAAGGCCUUGGAUCGGGUGUUAUUGGAGUAACUAGCAGCAAGUUCACUUAGACAAACCUCACCCUCGGAUUCUCCUUUUCAACUACUAAAGUGUAAAUUGUGACUAUGCUGAAGUUGUUCGGUUGCAAUGACUUAUUUGGAUGGCUACGUUUUGAAAUUAAUUUAUGAAAAUGAAAGAGCCCUACUAAGUUCCAUCAAAAAGAGCUUUGGGUUUGGAGCAUAAAUAUUAAAAGGUAUUUUGUUGUACAGUUGUAGGGGAAGAUGACCCCUGCCAUGACUAUGGCAACCACAAUAUUAUGAAUCUCACACAUACAGAGACAGAAGUAUAUGAUAUCCAUAAUGACAGAGAUUAUUGUUGCGCAAUGGCAAAUUCCUUCACCAUCACCAUGACUGUUCAAGAGGUAUGAAUGUUCAAUUAUAAGUUUCUGCCGCAUUAGGGACAGUUACAGAAGAGAUGAGAAGAAGAAGAACAAGAAGAAGAAGAAGAAGACAAAGUUGGAGUCCAUCCUGAUCUAGUUAUAACUAGAGAGAUGACACAUGGUGAAGAAAAGGGGAAGUGAAAAUUAAAGUUUGCCAAUUUUAAAAAAUGAGUAUGGUUAGACUCGGAUGAAAAUUUUGUCAUCUAUUGGGUCUUG